AUGUCCAUCUCACUCCCCAACGGCACCCUCCUCGCCGCUCCAUCCUCGUCGCAGCCUCAGGUGUCCGCCGCCGUCACUCGUAUCCUCCACCUGGCAAACUUCUCGCCCGAGAUCAAGACACGCGACAUCCAGGUCAUCUUUAAAGAAUGGGAGUCUGAAAAGGGCGGGUUCCGCAUCAAGUGGCUCGACGACGUCAACGCAAUGGUCGUGUUCAACGAUGCCAACGUCGCCAAGCGCGCGUACCUCAACCUCAUCCUCAACCCCCCUCCCUCGAUGCCCCUGCCCGCUACCAUUCGCCCAUACGAUCGCCCCGACGCUGCCCAGAUCAUCCAGUCGCUCGCAGCCCGCGCAAUGGGCCACCGCGCCUCCAUGUCCGGCGCUCUGACGUCGGGCAACUUGGCCAACCUCAUCCGCGAAGACGGUGGUGCGCGUAACAGCGGCCAUGUCAGUGUCCAGCCUGGAAGCAACAGCGGGCUCAACGGCUUCAAGAUGCCUCUCAACCCUUCGUUCUCGUUUGGCGGCUCCACAGGCCAGCCCGGCCAGCCUGGCGGCCGUGCGGGUCACCACGCACAGCGCAUGUCGUUCUCGGGCGGCCCCUCGUCGCACCAGCGUACGGGGUCGGCAUCCCAGUCGUGGAACCGUGGAGCCCUGAACGGUGCUCUCGGGUUUGGCAACAACAACCCUCCCUCCCUCGGCGCCGCUCGUCUCCCCACCCACUCGGAGCUGUCGUCAGGAAACCCUUCUCGCUGCACUUCAUCCUCGGGCUCGGGCAACGACCCCAUCGUGGUGAUUGACGGCAGCGCCCAGCUCAAGAGCACCAGCGCGUCCUUGGGCCGCACCAACGUCCCAAAGGCGAGGAGGGAGAGUGUCAGUGCCGACAAGGCCCUGCGCGAGGUUGAAAAGGCUCUCCAGAGCGUGGAAGCGCAGAGUUAA